AUGUUUAGACAUAGAGAUUUAAAUACAUUCUUAUCAAAUUACUAGACCUUUGAUAGAUAACCUAAGAAACCAUAUGAAUAUUUGAAUCUGUCAUAUCAUUAAUAAUUUGAUCAUUCACCUAUAAGAAAAUAAGCAUAGACUUCAAAACCAAAUGAUAUUUAAUAUAAGAGUCUUUAAGAACCAUCAUUCUUGAGAUAAAGUUUAUUACCUAAUUAUGAACCUACAAAGUGUUCAAGUUAAAGGAAUGGAAUUAUUAAAGCAUAUGCUGCAAACACAAAUUAAGGAAUUGUUAGAGAUUAUAAUGAAGAUAGAGUCUCAAUAAUAUUAAAUAUUAUUAAACCAUAAAGUAGGAAUUCAGAAUAAUGGCCUAAAUGUUCUUUUUUUGGAGUUUAUGAUGGACAUGGUGGAGCUGCAUGUGCUGAUUUUUUAAGAGAUAAUUUACAUUAAUUUGUUGUUAAAGAACCAGAUUUUCCAUGGAAUCCAGUUGGAGCAAUCACUAAAGGAUUUCAAGCAGCUGAAAAAUCAUUUUUAUAAAUUGCAUAAGAAUCUUAUAGUAAAGGAAUACCUGAAAGAAGUGGAUCAUGCGCUAUUGUAAUAUUAAUUAUAGGAGAUAAUUGUUAUACAGCAAAUGUUGGAGAUAGUAGAGCUGUUUUAAGUGCAGCAUCUGGAAGAAAAGCUAUUGCUUUAUCACAUGAUCAUAAACCUGAAUUAGAAUAAGAAAGAAUAAUGAAAGGAGGUGGAUCUGUUUAUUAAACUUAUGGUAUUAAUGAAGAAGGAAUGCAAAUAUUAGGACCAGUUAGAGUUAAUCCUGGAAGAUUAUCAGUUUCAAGAACUUUUGGAGAUAUUGAAGCUAAAUUAGAAAAGUUUGGUGGAAAUCCAAAAGUAGUUAUAGCUGAACCUGAAAUAAAACAAUUCAAAAUAUCAAAUGAACAUGAUUUUAUAGUUUUAGGAAGUAAUUUAAUAUAUUUUAUGUAAAGGCGAUGGAAUUUUUGAUAAAUUAAGUUCAACUGAUGUUAUGAAUAUCAUUUGGAAAGACAUAUUAAAUUAUUAAAUGGGAAAUAAUUUACAUACAGUUUUAUCUACUUCAGUAGAAUCAGUAUUAUAAGAAAGCAUAUAAAGAAAGAGUACAGAUAAUGUUACUUUAUUAAUUGUUGCCUUUUCAGUGGCAUCUUUAAAAGAAGAAGAAUUGAGAAUUAAAACAUCAUCAUCUAUUGAAAAAUUAAUAAAAGUUCCAUUAACAAAUAAUAUUCCUAAUAUGAGAAUGAGGUAGAAAUCUAAUGUUUAAUUUAAGUUAUUCCAAAAAAACAAAUGAUGAAAACAAUCCUUUUUUUAUUAACACUUAAAAGAUGAAUCCACAUCCUAAAAAUAGUAAAUAAAAAGUAGAAGAAACAACAACUAGAUAUAAACCUAGUUAUAUUAACUGA